CCUGUCGUAAGCUGGGCCUACCUUUGCAAUCAGCCUGAACUAUUCUCAUUCCUAACACAAAACACACGUUUGAAAUAACCAAAAUUUUCUUUCUUCUUUCAAAUUGACAAUACUUUGGAACAUUUUCCUUCAAAAAAAAAAAAAAAACUUUAGAACAUUUGACGCCACUUUCACCCAUGUCAGUGUUGAUGGAAACCCCAAAAUCCGACACAUUCGUCUAUCUUCUACAAUCCGCUAUCAAAUCCAGAGACACUGUCACAGGAAGAUUCAUUCACGCUCGAAUCAUCAAACACGGUCUUCACCUCAGCGUUUUCUUGAUGAACAAUCUUCUAAAUUUCUACUCAAAAACCGCCUCUUUCAACGAUGCACACCGUCUAUUCUCUGAAAUGCCACAAAGAACUACAUUCUCUUGGAACACCCUUCUCUCAUCCUAUGCUAAAGGGGGGAACAUAGAAACUGCACGCCGUUUGUUUGAUGAUAUUCCUGAACCAGAUUCUGUUUCCUGGACUACCAUGAUAGUUGGAUAUAACCAAAUGGGUCGUUUUAAUACCGCCAUUCACACGUUUCAACAAAUGAUUUCUGAUGGAAUUUUGCCGACCCAGUUCACGUUUACUAAUGUUCUUGCAUCAUGUGUUGCAACUGGAAGUUUGGAUAUUGGUAAAAAGGUUCAUUCUUUCGUUGUGAAACUCGGGUUAUCUGGUGUUGUUCCUGUUGCAAAUUCGUUGCUUAAUAUGUAUGUAAAGUCUGGUGAUUCGUUAAGGGUGAAAGCUGUUUUUGAUCGUAUGAGGCUUAGAGAUAAAUCAACUUGGAAUAUUAUGAUUUCAAUGCAUAUGCAGUCUGGUCGAUUUGAUGUUGCUCUUGCCCUCUUUGAUCAAAUGACUGAUCGAGAUAUUAUCUCGUGGAAUUCAAUCAUCGCAGGUUACUGUCAUCAGGGAUAUGACAGCAAAGCUUUGGAAACGUUUUCUGAUAUGUUUAGGAGUUCGUCUUUAAAACCAGAUAAGUUCACGUUGGGCAGUGUUUUGUCAGCUUGCGCUAAUCUUGAAAGCUUGAAACUUGGGAAGCAAAUCCAUGCAUAUAUUGUAAGAGCUGAUAUUGAUAUCUCUGGGGCAGUGGGGAAUGCCCUUAUCUCAAUGUAUGCAAAAUCGGGCGCAGUUGAAGUUGCUCGAACAAUUGUAGAAUUAAGAGGUACUUCUAACAUUAACGUUAUAGCAUUCACAUCACUUUUGAAUGGCUAUGUCAAAAUCGGGGAUGUAAACCCAGCGAGAGAGAUAUUUGAUUCGUUGAAAUGUCGCGAUGUAGUUGCGUGGACUGCCAUGAUUGUAGGUUAUGCACAGAAUAGCUUACUCAAGGAUGCUUUGGAGCUAUUCAGAUUGAUGAUUUCAGAAGGCCCAAGGCCAAACAGUUAUACCCUAGCAGCGGUAUUGAGUGUCUUUUCAAGCUUGGCUUCUUUGGAUCAUGGUAAGCAGCUUCAUGCAAUUGCAAUAAGAUUGAAAGAAGUAUCAUCAGUUUCUGUCGGUAAUGCUUUAAUUACCAUGUACUCAAAAUCUGGAUGUAUCAAAGAUGCAAGGAAAGUAUUCAAUCAAAUAUGCACUGAAAGGGAUACAUUGACUUGGACUUCCAUGAUUAUAGCUCUAGCUCAACAUGGUCUGGGAAACGAGGCGAUAGAAUUGUUUGAAGACAUGCUGAAAUUUAACUUAAAGCCUGAUCAUAUUACUUAUGUUGGCGUAUUGUCUGCCUGUACGCAUGUGGGAUUGGUAGAGCAGGGUAAGCGUUACUUUAAUUUGAUGAAAAAUGUUCAUCACAUUGAACCCACCCAUAGCCACUAUGCAUGCAUGAUUGAUCUGUUUGGACGUGCUGGAUUGAUCGAAGAAGCAUAUAAUUUUAUAAAAACUAUGCCUAUUGAACCGGAUGGUAUAGCCUGGGGUUCGCUUUUGUCUGCUUGCAGGGUUCAUAAAAAUGUAGACUUGGCUAAAGUGGCAGCUGAAAAGCUGCUUCUUAUUGAUCCCAACAAUAGUGGGGCUUACUCCGCGCUUGCUAAUACUCAUUCAGCCUGUGGUGAAUGGGAGGAGGCUGCUAAGGUUAGGAAGUUAAUGAGGGACAGGGAAGUGAAGAAAGAACAAGGGUUCAGUUGGGUUCAAAUUCAGAACAAAGUACAUAUUUUUGGGGUUGAAGAUGCACUUCAUCCACAAAGAGAUGCAAUAUACAGAAUGAUUUCAAAAAUAUGGAAGGAGAUAAAGAAAAUCGGCUUUAAUCCGGACACUGAUUCUGUAUUACAUGACCUAGACCAAGAAGUGAAGGAACAGAUCCUCAGUCAUCAUAGUGAAAAACUAGCUAUUGCAUUUGCAUUAAUAAAUAGUCCAGGGUAUACUACACUGAGGAUCAUGAAGAACCUUAGAGUUUGUAAUGACUGCCAUUCUGCCAUAAAAUAUAUCUCUAUGCUCGUCGGAAGAGAAAUUAUAGUAAGAGAUGCCACACGUUUUCAUCAUUUUAAGGACGGUUCUUGUUCCUGUCGGGAUUACUGGUAGAAGAAACAGUAGAAUUUCAUUUAGAAUCUAGCCACAUAUUGAUACAAGUAAUUUACAAACGUAUUGACCAGACAAUAACAGAAACGUUAACAGGAGCAUUAAUUGGUUUCAAGUGAAUGAAUGCAAGAAUAUUAGAGUCCAGAUGAAAUCUCAUAUUUCAGAGUACCCUCUUAAGUUAGUCUGCAAAGGUUCUAACAUUUAAGUGUUUCAUAUUGAUUGUUGUUGAGUUAAUAUGGAAUUAGUAUUUGCUGAUAGUCACCCAGUUUAGUUGGUAGGUUUGAGGUAUUUUCUCUAUAAGAGGCUUUAGAGCAUUUUGAUGAGCAUUAAACAAGUAUUGGUGUCGGGUUGGUGGUUCUAUUUGUAAAGCAUACAGAGUAAUGAGAUGGAAAGUUACUAGAAAAAUAAAGGUUCAGUUACUGAAUCCUGACUUUACAAGCAGUCUUUUACAAAAUAUUACUUGCAAUUUUUAUUUUUUUAUCUAAUAGCUUGCAAAUGAAAAGAGCAUACAAGUGCUGGAGCAUAUGCAACAUAGCCGAGGUGCUCCCCCAACUAUGCUGGUGUAGGACACCCUGCCCUUAGCUCACUUGAGGAUCUUCUCUCGGGUGAAUUAUAACAGUAUGAUGUAUAUCAUGUCUUCAUCACCCAUUGGAAUGGAUUAUCAAAAAGAAAAAAGAAUCGGUAAAGAUGUUUGAUUUACAAGUUUUUUUUUUUGGUAUGACAAACCUAAAGAGCUACAACAUGGACUCUAAGUGGCAGGUACAUUGGACUCUACUUUCUACCUAAAGUACUAGUUUUUGGCUACCUUCUUUCCAGGAAAAAAGGAUUACUUUGUGAAAGGUCUUGGUGCUAUUUAUGUGAAAGUAAGGCCUUGUGACAGUCACACAAAUGGACUUAAAGGCUUUGGUGCAACCAAUGCAACUUGAAAAUGUCACGCUGAGCAUGAAUUCAAAGUCCUAUUUACUGAGAAUUGUUAAAUAUAUCAAUAAUUUGUAGUGUAUCUUGACAUUUUCCUAUUUUGAACAAAAAUAUCCUUUUGUAUUUUCUUUUCCCUCACAGCCCUACCUUUCUAUUUUCAAUUUUAUAAUAUACUUUUUUUCAAGGAAUAUUUUUGUCCAGAAUGGAAAAAUGUUGUGGGUAAACUCCAAAUUGUAGGGGUGUGUUUAACAAUCAUCUAUUUAGAACAUGAAAAUGUUGCCCAACAUUAGAGGCCGUAAAGCUGAGGUUUCACUAGCUUGACCUUGGAUUAGGAGUGUGCAAAAUGUUUGGUUAACUUCACCAAAUUAGUGAACUAGACCUUAUCACAUCAAAAAAGAAAAAAGGCAAAACUUACUAGCUCAUAACUUGCCUAGAUUUGAAAAGGAUAAGUUUAGUUUAGGAUACUUUAAUUAUUAAUAUUAGAGAGAUACAAAGAUGAUACACGGCUGUCUGUAGUUGGUAAAAUUAUGGGUUGCUUUCAGUAUUCAUAAUUGAAGUUUACUUGUAAAGUGUCACAAUAUGAUUAAUAACAAAGCAAGCACUUUACUAUGAUGACAUUCAUUGAAUUUGUAAUUUUGUAUGGCCUAUCCUUUCCCACGUUUCUUUUUCAUUGAUGCCACGUAGGAGUUUGUUGGCACUAAAAAAUGUGGACCCAUCCCUGCUUUAUAGAGUAACUAUUAAUGGAGAUAUUGAACAGAGAUAACAAUAUCUACAAUCUCAUUUAUUUUGCCAAUAUCUACCACUCUCUUGAAGAUAUCUAUCAAGUAGGAGAUAUUUCUAUGAAGCAGCAAAACCACAUGGCUCUGCCGCUAGCUGUUAUUUCCAAGUGUUUACCCUUUGCAGAACACUGAACAUUGUCACAGCAAAAUCUGGAUGAUGUUAUCCAUUAAAAUGGACAAUAGUUAUCUACGGAGUUGACUUAUUUUAGCUUAUCUUGUGACACAAGACAUUGUGAAAUUGUUUGGAAAGGUUAUGAAAACAACUUAUGACAUGUCCAUAAACUCUACAUGAUAGCUUAUGAAAACAAUUUCUAACUUGUAUAAAAACAAUUUAACUUUAUUUUAUCUUUUAUUAUCGAAAUAAUUUAUGCAUAAACACUUAUACUAUAGAUGCUUAAUUAAAUUGUUUAUCCGGCUCCCAAGGAACAAUGUGUUGCUUCCUUUCUAUAGACAUUCCAAAUUGCACAAGUAUCUGAUUACAUGGUACAUAUAUUAAUAGGUGCAUAUACCUCCAUUUUUUUUCUUUUCUGAUAUGACUUAGCUCAAUACUCAGUUGGUAAGUGGGUAAAGUUAAGAUAAAUA